CGCUGACGUCGAAGUUCAGAGGUGACAAGAUGUCGGCUGAUCCGCACCGUGGGUGGUUUCUGUGAGGAGCGUCUCCGCGGCAGAAGCUUAGCAGAGACUCCUGAAGGACCCCUGAUCGCUGGAGCAAGUUGGAGGCGUCGGCGGCAGAGGAUCGGGCAGGGCCGGGCGUGGGUGCCUAGGGAGCCCCGGCAGUAGGGCAUGGCUUUUGGGAGCGUGGGGAAGCGGCGAGUGUCAGGUCCCGCAGACCGGUAAUGUUCCACCGCACCCUGGGAAGCCGGGAAGCCGAGCUCCGCAGGAUCCCUUCAUGCCGCCGACUGGUUUGGAGCCCGCCAGAAUGAACAGGAAGAAAGGAGACAAGGGCUUUGAAAGCCCAAGGCCAUAUAAGCUAACCCAUCAGGUCGUCUGCAUCAACAACAUAAACUUCCAGAGAAAAUCUGUUGUGGGAUUUGUGGAACUGACUAUAUUUCCCACAGUUGCAAACUUAAACAGAAUCAAAUUGAACAGCAAACAGUGUAGAAUAUACCGAGUAAGGAUCAAUGAUUUAGAAGCUGCUUUUAUUUACAAUGAUCCAACCUUGGAAGUUUGUCACAAUGAAUCAAAACAGAGAAAUCUCAAUUAUUUUUCCAAUGCUUAUGCAGCUGCAGUUAGUGCUGUGGAUCCUGAUGCAGGAAAUGGAGAACUUUGCAUUAAGGUUCCGUCAGAGUUAUGGAAACACGUUGAUGAAUUAAAGGUCCUAAAGAUACACAUCAAUUUUUCUUUGGAUCAGCCAAAAGGAGGUCUUCAUUUUGUGGUACCCAGUGUAGAGGGAAGUAUGGCAGAGAGAGGUGCUCAUGUUUUCUCUUGUGGGUAUCAAAAUUCCACAAGAUUUUGGUUCCCAUGUGUUGAUUCAUACUCAGAAUUAUGUACAUGGAAAUUAGAAUUUACAGUGGAUGCUGCAAUGGUGGCUGUUUCCAAUGGAGAUUUGGUGGAGACAGUAUAUACCCAUGAUAUGAGGAAGAAGACCUUUCAUUACAUGCUUACCAUUCCAACAGCUGCAUCAAAUAUCUCCUUGGCCAUUGGACCUUUUGAAAUACUUGUAGAUCCAUAUAUGCAUGAGGUUACUCAUUUUUGUUUACCUCAACUUCUCCCAUUGCUUAAACACACCACAUCAUAUCUUCAUGAAGUUUUUGAAUUUUAUGAAGAAAUUCUUACAUGUCGAUACCCAUAUUCCUGUUUUAAGACUGUAUUCAUUGAUGAGGCUUAUGUUGAAGUGGCUGCUUAUGCUUCCAUGAGCAUUUUUAGCACAAAUCUGUUACACAGUGCCAUGAUUAUAGAUGAGACACCUUUGACUAGAAGGUGUUUAGCCCAGUCCUUGGCCCAGCAGUUUUUUGGAUGUUUCAUAUCCAGAAUGUCCUGGUCUGAUGAAUGGGUAUUGAAGGGCAUUUCAGGCUAUAUUUAUGGUCUUUGGAUGAAAAAAACUUUUGGUGUUAAUGAGUAUCGCCAUUGGAUUAAAGAGGAGCUGGACAAAAUAGUGGCAUAUGAACUGAAAACUGGUGGAGUUUUACUACAUCCCAUAUUUGGUGGAGGAAAAGAGAAGGAUAAUCCGGCGUCCCAUCUACACUUUUCAAUAAAACAUCCACAUACACUCUCCUGGGAAUACUACACUAUGUUUCAGUGUAAAGCUCACCUGGUGAUGAGAUUGAUUGAAAAUAGGAUCAGUAUGGAAUUUAUGUUACAAGUUUUCAAUAAACUGCUAAGUUUGGCUAGUACUGCUUCAUCUCAGAAGUUCCAGUCACAUAUGUGGAGUCAGAUGUUGGUUUCCACAUCUGGGUUUUUGAAAUCCAUCUCGAAUGUCUCUGGCAAAGACAUCCAGCCUUUAAUAAAGCAAUGGGUUGACCAGAGUGGAGUGGUAAAAUUUUAUGGAAGUUUUGCCUUUAAUAGAAAACGCAAUGUCUUAGAAUUAGAAAUAAAACAAGAUUAUACAUCUCCUGGAACUCAGAAGUAUGUGGGACCACUUAAAGUUACAGUGCAGGAGUUAGAUGGAUCCUUCAAUCAUACAUUGCAAAUUGAAGAAAACAGUCUUAAACACGAUAUACCCUGCCAUUCCAAAAGUAGAAGAAAUAAGAAGAAGAAGAUUCCAUUGAUGAAUGGGGAAGAAGUUGACAUGGAUCUUUCUGCAAUGGAUGCUGAUUCUCCUUUGCUGUGGAUAAGGAUAGACCCAGACAUGUCAGUGUUGAGGAAAGUAGAAUUUGAGCAAGCUGACUUUAUGUGGCAGUAUCAGCUCCGCUAUGAGAGGGAUGUUGUUGCACAGCAAGAGUCCAUUUUAGCUUUGGAAAAGUUUCCUACUCCAGCAUCUCGACUUGCCCUCACUGACAUAUUAGAACAAGAGCAGUGUUUCUACCGAGUGAGAAUGUCAGCUUGCUUCUGCCUUGCAAAGAUUGCAAAUUCAAUGGUGAGCACGUGGACAGGACCUCCAGCCAUGAAGUCACUCUUUACUAGAAUGUUUUGUUGUAAAACUUGUCCAAACAUUGUGAAAACAAACAACUUCAUGAGCUUUCAAAGUUACUUUCUACAGAAGACUAUGCCAGUUGCCAUGGCUUUAUUAAGAGAUGUCCAUAACCUUUGCCCCAAAGAAGUCUUAACAUUUAUUUUAGACUUAAUCAAGUACAACGACAACAGAAAAAAUAAGUUUUCAGAUAACUAUUACCGUGCAGAAAUGAUUGAUGCCCUUGCCAACUCUGUUACGCCUGCAGUCAGUGUGAAUAAUGAAGUUCGAACUUUGGACAACUUAAAUCCAGAUGUGCGACUCAUUCUUGAAGAAAUCACCAGGUUUUUGAAUAUGGAGAAACUUCUUCCAAGUUAUAGACACACCAUCACUGUCAGUUGUUUGAGAGCCAUACGAGUGCUUCAGAAAAAUGGGCACGUGCCGAGCGAUCCAUCUCUUUUUAAAUCUUAUGCAGAAUACGGCCAUUUUGUGGACAUAAGGAUAGCAGCUUUGGAAGCAGUUGUUGAUUAUACUAAAGUGGACAGGAGUUAUGAAGAACUGCAGUGGCUGCUUAAUAUGAUUCAAAAUGACCCUGUACCCUAUGUAAGACAUAAGAUUCUAAACAUGUUGACUAAGAACCCACCAUUUACUAAAAACAUGGAGUCUCCCUUAUGCAAUGAAGCUUUGGUAGAUCAACUCUGGAAACUUAUGAAUUCCGGUACUUCCCAUGACUGGAGAUUACGGUGUGGUGCUGUGGACUUGUACUUCACACUUUUUGGCCUCAGUAGACCUUCCUGCUUACCCUUGCCAGAACUCGGCUUGGUCCUUAAUCUGAAAGAGAAAAAAGCUGUCUUGAAUCCGACCAUAAUUCCAGAGGCCAUAGCAGGCAACCAAGAGACUGCAGUUAAUCCAAGCAGUCACGCGCAGCUAGUUGGAUUUCAGAACCCUUUUUCAAAUUCUCAAGAUGAAGAGGAGAUUGAUAUGGAUACUGUUCAUGAUAGCCAGGCGUUCAUUUCCCAUCAUUUAAACAUGCUUGAAAGGCCAUCAACUCCAGGUCUCUCUAAAUAUCGGCCAGCCAGCUCCCGAUCUGCUUCAGUGCCCCAGCACUCAUCGGGCUGUGAUGGCACACCCAUCACAAAACCCCAGUGGAGUAUGGAACUUGGACGUAAGGGAACAGGUAAAGAACAGUCACCUCUGGAGAUGAGUAUGAAUCCAGUUGCAGCAGCUCCACUCUCAGUAUUUACUAAAGAAUCUACGUCCUCCAAACACAGCGACCACCAUCACCACCAUCACCACGAGCACAAGAAGAAGAAGAAGAAGCACAAACAUAAGCAUAAGCACAAGCAUAAGCACGACAGUAAAGAAAAGGACAAGGAGCCUUUCACUUUCUCCAGCCCUGCCAGCGGCAGGUCUAUUCGUUCUCCUUCUCUUUCAGAUUGAGAAGGGGCACCAGAGACCUUUUCCUGAGUGUCCAGAAGAAAAUACAAAAUCAGAGCUUCGUCCUCCUCUCUAAAGAAUGAAGAAAGGGAAGAAACAACAGCAAAAACUAGUUGCCUCUCUCAUAGAGACUCAAGUUCUAAAUAUUUGAUUUACAUUAUUUAUACAAUUGAAAUCUAAUUAGGAAAAGGUGUUUUAUAGUUCUGAGGAAACCAUUUCAUCCCAUUUCCUCCUUAAAACACACACAGAGCAAACCCUUUCAUAAGGCCCUCCUAUCCACUGGCAGCCCCCAUUCACAUCAUGGUCUCCAUGUGUACUGCCAAAGUCAAUUAUGUCUUAAAGCCUUUGAUGGAUGUUACGGGGCAAAGUUAUGCUUUAAACAGAAGCUACUGCCAAAUCUGUGGUGAAAGCACUAUUUCCAGUGAAAUACUGAAUAACACCAUUUGGAAUUACUGAAAACAAAGGCUUUUCUAUAGGAGUCUUCUCCAUUGCAUGUUUUUUUGUUUGUUAGCCAUAGAAACUAGGCAUCAGAAUUCAUGAGCAAGAAUACAUAUUUUCUUUUGCCCUAAAAUACUGAAAUUUUCACAAACGGCUUUAAAAAAAUUUUUUGAAUAACUUUUUUGAUAGCAUAUUUGGCGAUUAUGACGUUGGAAUUUAACAGAACUCAAAUCCACAGCUCUCAAAUCAAGAUACUUAAAUUGUAAAUUCUUUGUAAGUAAAUACGUUCAUAUGUAGAAGGUGUUUGCCAAAUGUGGAUGAUUUAUGUGCCCAACACAUAUUCCAAAAUUAUUCCUGUGAGUAUGAUACCUUAAAAAGGUCUUCAUAUAUUAUUUAUUAAUUUGGACAUGGACAACUUGGCCCUUGUGUGAAUAUACCAGAAGCAUUUAAAAACUUAUGAAACGUUUUAGUUUUAUACUUCAAUAGUUUGUAUGUUUGUGUUUUUAUUUCUGAGUUUACCAUGUGCUUUAUUGUUUGUUUAAAAAUGUUAUUUGUACCUGUUCUGUUUUUAUCAUUUCCCUCAUCAUUAGAAAGUUUGACAAAAUACUUAUUCCCAGAAUAGAUAUUUCAGAGGGAUCCAAUAAUGUUGGACCUUUAAAUAUACUUUUUGUUCAGUUUAACUUGUUUAAUAAAUAACUUUUAAAAUCAA